GAGCCUGCGACAGAGAGAGAGAGGGGGAGAGAAAGACGUGGGUGUGACGUCAUGGCAUGCUGCCCCGUCCAUGUUUGGCGAAGAAAAAGUUUGUGUUUCUGUCGACAGUCACUUCGACGAACUCUAGACACCAACAAAAACUAGAGCUAAGGAGAAGCAAAACUGUUUCAUAUCCUUUGAGGUUUUUUCGGGUCAUUAUCAACGGAACAUUAAUUGUUAUUUAAGAUGUCCGUACUUAACGUUAAAUGUAACCAUCAUUACGUUAGCGUUACCCGAACCGAACUAGCAAAGACCACAGCGGAUCUGGAUUUAUGACCCACUUACGUUAAAAUUAACGGCUGACUUCUCCGACGUGCCGCACUCAAACUAACGUUUUUUUUUUUUUUUUAUCCUUCCCUGGAUGGACUGUUGUCUUUUUUUCUCUUAAUUAAUGAAUAGGCGAUUAACUCCUCGGAGAGUCUCGCAUCCUCCGCCGGGUGAUCUCGCAUGAUCCGCGCUGCCGAGGCUCCGCCAGCAGAGCCGGGCUUCAGGAUGAGGAUGCCCGGAGGAGGACGCCUGCUCCUGGCGACGUGCCUGGGCUCGCUCUUCGUUCUCGUGCUUUUCUUUCAGAGCAUCACCAAGCCAGAGCCGGCUGUGAGGACGGACAGCAGACCAGGGAAAAGCCGGAGAAGUCCAUUGCAGACCCUCUACAAUGGAGACCAGCAGCCCGAGCUGUUGGCCGCUCAGAGGUCCCUCCAAGGUCGCAGGGAGCAUUUGGAGCAGAGCUGUCUGAGCCACAAGAAGAAGCGCCAAGUGCUUUCGCCUGAGGAUCUCAAACACCUCAUCGUGGACGACAAGCACAGCCUGAUUUACUGCUACGUGCCCAAGGUAGCCUGCACCAAUUGGAAGCGCGUCCUCAUGGUCCUCACCAGCGAUGGCCGCUACAUCAACCCCCUCGCCAUCCCUGCCAACGAGGCUCACAUAGCAGGGAACCUCCGCACGCUGUCCGAGUUCACCGUACCGGAGAUCAAUCAGCGCCUUCGCAGCUACCUCAAGUUCAUCUUCGUGCGGGAGCCCUUUGAGCGCCUGGUGUCGGCCUACCGUAACAAGUUCACCCGCAGCUACAACACCGCCUUCCACAAGCGCUACGGAACCAAGAUCAUCCGCCGGAACCGGCCCCAUCCGGAGCCCGACGCCCUACAGAAGGGGAGCGACGUGUCUUUCCCCGAGUUUGUCCAGUACCUCGUGGAUCCCCGGACCCAGCGGGAGGAGCCCUUUAACGAGCACUGGGAGCGGGUGCACUCCCUCUGCCACCCCUGCCUGAUCCACUACGAUGUGGUGGGGAAGUACGAGACUCUGGAGCCAGACGCUCAGGCUGUGUUAGAGUUGGCUGGAGUGGAGGGGACACUUCAGUUUCCAACAUCGGGCAAAAGCACCCGAACGGAUGGCAACAUGGCGGCACGCUUCUUCAAGCACAUCAGUCCCUUCUACCAGAAGAAACUGUUCAACCUCUAUCGAAUGGACUUCCUGCUCUUCAACUACUCCACUCCAGAGUACCUCCGGACUUUAUGAGAGGCUGGGAACAAGUGUCAGUGUGAUGGAAGUGCAUUGAUUCCCUGAUAGUGAUGAUUUGGCACGUUUUGGUUGCCAUGGACGACUAUCACUCAUGCUCAAAGGGGUCCAUCAUAAGCUCUGACUUAGCACGAAAAUGUGCCUUUUUAUUUUUAUUUUACAUUUAACAAAUGAAUGCUGUCAUAUUGUUCCCAAAAUGUUGGACAAUGCAGUGGUUCUUACAGGUAGAUCCCAUGCGUUCACAUAAAACUCAGUAUUUAUUUUUUAUUCACUUGAUAAUGACUUUGAAAGCUUUUGACAGUGUGUCAUUGUUUUAGAGUCACAUGACCAGUAUUUCUGCCAUGGCUUGUUCUUCUGGGAACUAAUGUGCCAUAAAUCAAAGGAGCAGGUUCUCCUCUUGCAUAGUUUGCUAUACAGGUGAAUGUGCAACAGCAGAUUAAAUCAAAGCACCUACAGUAGAAUAUCUGUAUGGCCUUUAUUUAUGUAUUUAUUUUAUAGUGUAAGUAAAGUUUUAUGAUUUUGAGAAGAGGAAUUCUAUUAGCGGAGGGAGGUUUUUUUUUUUGUGUCCAUCCCCAUGGAAAGUUGUGCUGUUGGUUUUUGCACAUAACCUCAUGCCCAAUAAUAAACCAGACUCACACCCUCCCUUUAACCUUAACUCUGAAAACCACUGCCUGGGCGUGACACGUUUAAUAAGACAUCAGUCAUUAACUCUAUCUUAAAGUACAUCUGAGAGUCAUUUCCAGGAAGUGCGGGAAGAGCUUGUUCCAUCCGUCCUCUAUUGCUGUCUGUAUUUAGCUCUGGGCAGGUAGGCUGAAUAAACAACCACAUAGCUGUGGUCAGGGCAGCACUGGCCCUGGUAAGAGCACCCCUUGUUGGUACACAGAGGGGUUCAUCCACUGCAGAGGGAACAUGUUUAAUAAUUACUGUGAAAAUAUCCAUUUGAACAGAUCUCAUACAGGUUUAACCCCUGCAAAAGUCUGAGGAGUUGCACUUAAGGCAGUGAACGUUGGGUCUGAAGACUAAAAGCUUGAGAAAUGAGCCCCAACAUCACACCUACAACACCCCCGAACCCCUGACUAGACUCUUGGAAAUAGAAUUAUUUUGGGUAAUGUGAGCCAAGCUUUGAAUGCAUGGAAUUAAAACAAUAUUGCUACACAUUUCUUUUUUAAACUGCCCA